AUGAUCAUUCAAAAGUUAACACUGGUACUUAUUCUUGCCAUUGGAAUUUACUCUACAAGUAUUCCACUGGCAACUUCUGUGCCAAUUCUAGUCGAUGUAAAAGAUACAUUGCACAUCUCCGAGCUUGCUAGAGACCUCCCACCAGGUACUCUUUUGACGGAUCGAGAUGAGAAUCGAGUAAUUAAAAUACUAGAGCCUGAAGCUUCAGGAAAUGUAUCUGCUCAAGUUGAUACGUGCUCAGGUAGAUGGGCAGAGUGUCGAAUUGCUCAACUGGGUGAUUGGUGGUCGCCGUGGUAUAAAAUCAGUGACUGUCAUUAUAAUAACAAGGAUUUCGCGGAAUCAGACACUCAAUUAAGCUGGAAGUACUCUUAUUCAUGGCUGAUUGAGGAAGGCCCAGUUGAGUGGAGCGUGCUUAAUCUCUUGUUAGGCGGUGACUGGGAAAGCACUGUUUCAACUGACGGAUCUUGGACAUGUUUCAUGGGUCCUGGAGACAAGUGCAGCGUUUGGUACCAAACAAAGGUCAAGUGGGGAGAUGUUCAGGUUCGAACACACCAUUCUUGUGAGGAACCUACUCAAUGGUCAGAGGAGUAUCAUUUUGACGUACCAUUCAGAUAUGAUCCCGAAGGGGGAAGCACAAAUCUAGGAUAUAGCUAUGGAUCCAAUUCUCACUGCGAUUAA